AUGGCGCCAACAGCUCCCUUCAGCCCUCCUUCGCCAACACAAACUGGCAAGCCUUUCGUUUCAGACUGGAUCCCACCUCCAGCGACACAGCAGAAGGAAAGGUUUGCAAAGCUGAGCUCCAUCGACUUGUCGCUUCUUGACUCCGAGGAUCCUGCAGUGGUCGAAGGUCUUGUCCAGCAAGUCAAGACAGCCAUUCGAGACGAUGGUUUCCUCUUCCUGGAGAACUAUGGCGUAUCGCUAGAACAGCUUCAUCGUCAGUUCGCGCUGGCACAGUACUUGUAUCACAAUAUUACCGAAGAAGAUAAGGAAAGGCUGCUUUUCGAUCCGGAUACCGGUCGAUGGUCGGGAUAUAAGCACCCGUAUGGCUUCAAGCGUCAUCGAGCAAUGCCAGACGGCAUUGAGCAAUUCAACUGGUACAAGGAUGAUUGGGACAAUUUGGACCGAGUACCAAAGUGCCUGCACCCAUUCAUGGACGAGAUCACCGUCUUUUGCGAGUAUCUCACCAAGUCAGUCAACCGCAGACUGCUGACAUUGUUCUCUCGCGUGCUGGAACUUCCAGAUGACUACCUCUGGGAGAAUGUGCAGUCGCACGGCAGCCCAACAGGCGAAGGCUACUUCCGGCAUGCGCUCUUCCGACCAGUAGAGGAGACGACCAAGGAAGCUUCGAAAGGACUUCGAAUGCAUGGUCAUACCGAUUUUGGCCUGACAACUCUGCUGUUCUCUGUUCCGAUCUCGUGUUUACAGAUCUGGGGUCGCGAUGAGCAGUGGCACUAUGUGCCUUACAAGCCUGGAGCUUUGGUCGUUAACAUUGGCGACACUCUCGAAAUUGUGUCUGGCGGUCACUUCAAGGCCACGCGUCAUCGAGUGUUCUCGCCGCCAGCUGACCAGCAGCACGAAGAGCGACUUUCUUUGGUACUGUUCAACAGCUCUGUGGGCGACCUGCGCAUGACACCGGCUGCGACAUCACCACUUAUCCAGCGAGAAGGUUGUGUCGAAGACCAAGGCGUAUACAAAGAAUUCGCCAGAAGAAGAGCCAUGGGAAUGGAGGUGCCAACAAAUCGAGAAUGGCGAGAAAUACAGAUCGCAACUGCAACAGAUCCGACUGAUACGGUUCGCAACCGGAUUGGAGCAGAUCAGGUGCUGGUCAAUGGUAAGCUGAUGCAGCAGCGAGACUACAUGGGCGUCAGAGUAGUGCUUCCUGUGUAG